AUGGCCUCGGGGAUGAAGGCGGCUGUGGAGGUUCGGAUCGAAGGGCAGGAGGGACGGGAGGAGGGUGUGCUCGUGGCCAAUGGGGUGGCAGUGGCUGGUGAGGCUGGAGAAGUUGAGCGGUCGUCUGAAGAGGCGGCCAAGGGCGAGGCCACUGCGGCGUGCUCGCAACCGGCGCAGGUUCACCAGCAAACAGAGUCCGAGAUGAACCCGACCGAUGAUGGAGAGGCCGGCCCGUCGUCCAAGCGCGCAAGGAUCCAGGCUGAUGAUGAAGUGGCUAAUGUGUUGAAGGAAUGUGACACAGCCCGACCCUUCAAUUAUGCCUUUGAACAGCUGGAAGAACAGCUACCUUCGCAGCCAACCGAUCUGGUCUGGCCAUUUGCACAAGCGGGGCCCGUGCGCAUGGUUGUCCAGCCUGGGCAGGCCCUACACGACGACUUGUUGCGCGAGUAUUACCACUUUAAGUUUACCCAGCGCCUCGUGGAAGAAGGUGCACGAGCCUUUGCUCAGGUCCGAAGACGCGCCAAACCCAGCCAAUGCGCUUACCUGGCCACCAAGGUUCUCGAGCGCUGGGUCUUUGCCGUAGUCACCGAUGGCACCCCCGCUGAUCUACCCGUGGCGAUGCGUGAGAAUCGUGCCGCCCUUCACAAAUGCCACAGUGAGCUGUGUGCUGAGCACCUUCCUCCUCGCUUGGCUGACGAGGUUGUCAACGCCAUUGACGCGUGUGCGCGCUCCGCACAGCGUCGUCGCGACAUCCAACGCGAGCGCCCCUUUGUGCUUGAGUACAACCUCUCAGAACUCGUCAUUUACUUUGCCGCCAGCCAACCUGUGGCGCUGCAUCGAUUGCGGCGGCUAGACUGGAUGGUCCGUGGCGCCGGUCGCCACAUCCCUGAUGAUGUUCCCCCUGCCAAGCACGAUCAAUGGCAGCUGGCUCAGGUGGCUCGCUGCAUCUUCCGCUACGCCGCCCACCUUCACACAACAGCACAGCACUGGGGUCACCCGCAAGAAUUUUACAAUUUUCUGGCCCGUCGCUUGGGUCUCCUGCGCGAAGCCUUUGCCUGCCCCCUGAAUUCACGCGUGCUCGGCUACAACGAUCCCGCUGCCCGCUUCUGCAGCCUCUAUCGAGACACAGACGCGCCCUUUGGCUCUCUGGGCAGCUUCUUCGAGACGGACAUGCUGGCUUCGGGCUACGGCUGGGUCGUGCACCCCCCCUUUACCGAGGACAUUCUCAACCGCCUUUCAGCUCAAUGCCAGUCUGCUCUCCAGCAGGCCGCCUCGCAGGAUCGCCAACUCAUCGUCGGCAUUGGUUGGCCCAAUUGGACAGAUAUGCCUUCGUACCACCAACUCCGGGACAGUCCCUUCAAGCGAAGUGAGGUGCUGCAAGUCAAGUACAACUACCACUACGAGCGCCUCAACGGCACGCUCGUCAAACCCAACUUUACAAACAUCUACCUCAUCCUCAGCGCUCAGCCACUCAACGAGGACCAGCAAGCAGCCGUUCGUGAGUUUGAAACCAUCGUAGCCCAUGUCUAG